AACAGCUCCUGCACUAAUUCGAGUUCACAGGAUGCGGUCGUUUUCAAGUUUACAAACUUCGUCUGCGAGAGCUACAACAGAUCCUGGCUCUUGUUCCACAACUGUCGUCUGAAGGCCGUCAGUCGCAGCAAAGUGCUCCUCAAUAUGAAUGCGACGAUGCUAGUUCCGGCCAAUGAUAUAACAAUUCGUGCCCAGAUUUUCAAAAAGGCAAGCGGCUAUAAGCCCUGGCUCUUCGACGUUACCUUUGAUGCCUGCCAGUAUUUGCGAAAGCCAAAUCAACCCUUUGUUGCUCUAGUCUAUGGGCUCUUCAAACAGUUUACCAACAUUAAUCACACAUGCCCCUACGUGGUAAGAUUAUGCGGAUAUUUCUCGAAACUUCAGCAUCUGAAACUUAUUUUACAGGGUCCACAGAUUAUCAAGGAUUUUUAUUUGAGACCAGAGCUAAUGCGCCUUCCCAUUCCAACGGGGGAUUAUUUAUUAACGAUUCAGUGGUACUUAGAUAAGAAGCCACAAUUUGAUACGAAUGAUGCUGUCGUCUUUAGGUUCACGAACUUCGUCUGCAAGAGCUACAAUGCAUCCGCGUUUGUGUUCAAUAACUGUCGCCUGAAGGCCGUCAGUCGGGAAAGGGUGCUCCUCAAUAUGAAUGGGACGGUACUACAUUCGAUAAAUAAUGUAUCGCUUCAUGCCAAGAUUUUCAAAAGAGCAAACGGCUUCCAGCCGUGGCUUCUAGAAGGAACCGUCGAUGUGUGCCGAUUUUUGCAGAAGAGAAAUAAUCCGUUUAUACGUAUCGUCUUCAAUCUUUUCCAGGAAUUUUCCAACAUCAACCACACAUGUCCGUAUGUGGGUCCACAGAUUGUCAAGGAUUUCUAUCUGAAGCCCGAGCUACUGCGACUGCCCUUUCCGACCGGAGAUUAUCUGUUGUCGAUGCAGUGGCUCUUCUAUAACAGACCCCAAUUCGAUACGAAUGUUAGCUUCGCCUAUGUGGAGGAUCUGCUCGUACUUAAAAAGAACAACUAA